GAAACUAUUGACUGACACACGAUUGGGUUGUAAAUAUGUGUGUACACAUUCUUACCCAGGCAUCACAGCCUGAAGCAUCCACCAUAUGUGUACGUGACUUUAGAUCCCAAUCUAUGAGGUUAUGACUGUUGUCCAGUGUGUAACUGUGUACAACUCUCUUCCUUCUAAGCGCACAUGGAAGGAUUCUAAGGCUUUCUGAUGCUGGAGGUAUUAAAAAAAAAAAGGAAAAAAAGAAAAUAGGCUUUUGUAAACAGCUGGAAUUAACACAUUUUUCCAGCUCCUCUUAUUUUUUUGGCAAACCGGACAUUUACAUCUUUACUCUGGUCUAUAACCUACUCGUUACUGCAGUAAAAAUGCUUGAGUAAGUAAGCUAGUAUUUUCACAUCUGUAAUGGAUCUGAGAUUUCAGAGUAAAGUAAAUGAAGGAAAAACUGAACAUAUAUGAGAAGAGUUUAAUGACUUUUGGAGAGGGGUUUUGUGUGUGCCUCCGGCAGCUUAAUGGGGCACAAACUGUGUCUUUUGUGCUCUCUGUGCUGUUUAUGUACAAGUGUGGUGCCGAACUUAAGAAAAAAGAAAAAGAUUUUUGGGUAAAGCGUCAGCUUUGAGACUUCCUGUUAUUUGUUGCGAGAGAUUCAUGUGGCAGUGUGAAAAAGACUGAGAAAAGGUGUCUCACGCCAAAAGUGUGAAAGUUUACAUGCCUGUGUUUCAGUUUAUUUAUUUAUUUUUGAAUUUCUUACGUUGUUACUUUUCAGGUCAUUCUCCAAAGCGAUUUAGCGAGCCAGCAAACUCACAAAUAUACAGGAGAGAAAUGCACACUCUGUUAAUGUGACUGCUUGUCUUCAGAUAAGAUGAAUGUUAUAAAGGAAGCCAGUGUUAUGCAACUUUGGAAUCUCAGUCAUGACGCUAUUGUAAUUACGGCAGCGCAGUUAAGUUUUAUCACAGUGCUUAUAGUGUGAAGUCACAAAUGUGACUGCUUCAUUGCAUUUCAGCCGCAUACUCCUAGCAUCCUACGUUACACGUCGCAUUACGGGGGCCCUAAGGUCGGUGUCUGCUCUCUGCAGAGUUGCUCCCAGUCUCUGCUGUCCCAGCAUGAUGGAUGACGGCGUUUAUUGCGACCGCGUUCCACUGGCUGUGCUCUCUUUAAUUGGAUUAAAACAGGUCCACUUGGGCUCAACAAGCAUGGUCGCUGGCCGCGUUUAUGUCUGAAUUAUUUCAGCCUGUUCUCUCCCUUGCCGUUGCCUCAUCUGAUGGAGACAGGGCCGCGUCAGGACAGUCCCCAACCAGAAUAGACUUGGCAUGGAAGCGUUGUCUCACAGCGUGGCUUUCUGUGGAAAACAGUGCAGGGAUGCAGCAGGGGAAAAGAAGGAGGAGGAAAAAAAACAAAAACGCCCGUUGGCUCUGCAAAUGACAUGAUUCCAGAUUUCCCCACUCUUGUUGCCAUGGAAAUGUGUAGCAUAUGUUCAGUAACCUAAUUCCACUGGGCCCAAGAUAAGACGGCACAUAAUAACCUGUCUGUCUCGCACAGAACGAAAACUCUGCUGCUGCUGAAUUACACCUAUGGAGAAAGGGUAUAAUUCACGUUAAUGUUAAUGGUUUCACGUAGAAACUAGUGCUUUCCCGUGGCAGGUGGUUUUUGCUGGUCUGCCUUCCCGGGUUAGAUUUGUGUCGCAGUAACAGGGGUGGAACUGUUUUAGAAGUUGCCCCCGGGCUCAAGGCACAGCUGCGUCAGCAGUGUCCUCGGCCCCUUCAGAUUUGGGUGCCCCCAGGAACUUCAGAUUAGCUCUGUGCCCCUGCCAUCUCUUUCCCUUCUUCCUCUCUGAUUCUGGAGCUUCCUGCUAGCUUCCUGCUUGCGCUCGCUUUGCUCCAUUACUGAUGUCUGUUGCAACCCAGUCAGACAGUUUCCUCUGUUUAAAGAUUCAAAUGUCUGAAGCUGUCUCCACCGCUGACAGAUUCACCCAUCAAAAAACGAGCGCUGGUCGUGAAAUAUUCACCGAGGGCACAGCGAGAGCUCUGUGCUGUCGAAGAAGAGUUGCCACUCCUACUGCCUGCCAGUACUGUUUGCAUGUAAGAGCCACUCUCACUCUCCAGGCUCCAUGGCAGCAGCGGUGCAAGGCAGUGAGUGGUCAUGUGGGCGCUGUACUUUCUUAAAUGCCGGUGCAGCACCUCGCUGUUCUAUCUGUGAGGCGCCACGCCAGAAACCCGACCUCAACCAGAUCCUGCGCCUCAGCAGCACUGAGGAACACCGCUGGACCUGUCCCCGCUGUACCCUCAAUAACCCGCAGGGAUCUGGAGCCUGCUCGGUCUGUGGCUUUGGUCCAUCACCCGCCACUCACACACCUCCUACGACCACCAUAGCUGCCACUGCCAAUGGUCUCCCUUCUGCUCCCACUGAGCCCCCAACACCCACGAUCACCCCCACAGUGCUACUUGAGCCCCAUGGACAGCAUCCAGCUAAGGAGGAAGUGUUUCGGCGGUCUGAGAGCAAUGGAGAGGUGGGUGGUCAGGAGGGUCAGCAGGCGGGCUGGGCUUGUCCUCGGUGCACACUUCACAACACCCCUGUGGCGCUUUCAUGCUCAGCCUGUGGUGGGCCUAGAAAACUGUCUCUGCCUAAAAUCCCCCCAGAAGCGCUGGUAGUGCCUGAGGUGCGCACGCCAGUAUUGGGCUUUCCUGUUCACACAGCCGCUUCGGCCCCGCUACUGAUUGACCUAACAGAUGACUCCCCCCCAGCCCCGCCCUGUGAUCCUCAAGAAGCUCCCCAUGUGUCUUCACAGGCCCUCGCCUCCACCUUUACUUCAUUCUCCUCCCUCCAGAACAAUCCUGUGCCUCGCAGCAGGCGAGAGGUACCGCCUCCGGGACGCCCACCGAACCCAGGAACCAACACUCCCAGCCCCACUUCCCCUUCAGCUGCCAGUGUGCCACCCCAACCUGGCCCACAGAGGCCAGCUAAGCCCAAGCACGCCCAGCCCCAGGAAUCUUCUUACCCCAGCAAGCGCCUCAGUAUCUUGGAGGAAGAAGAGUCUCAGCACCACCCACUGACGCCCCACCUACCUGUUGCUUCCACAUCAGCCUCUACCUGGAAGUGCCCUAGCUGCUCCGUGGCCAACCAAGGCAGCUCAGCGAAGUGCGAGACCUGCAGAUCGUCAAGGGGUGGUGCUGACCUCAUCGACCUAGUAGGCUGUGAAACCGUACGUUUUACCCCAGCAAGCCCUUCGAGCCCGGACUUUAGCACAUGGGCCUGCUCUAAGUGCACCCUGCGCAACCCUACAGGUGCUCCCAAGUGCUCAGCUUGUGGUUCUUCAAAGCUGCAUGGCUUCCAGGAGCAGCAGGUGCCUCUACCCCGCUGCUGUACACAUUGUGGCCUCCCAGUGGGGCCUGGUACUGCAUCUUGCUCCUGCACACCUUCCUCUUCUUCAUCAUCCUCAGGUCAUAAAAUACGUAAACAGGCCCGGGGCUUUCCUUCAUCCUCUUCUGCCGUUGCCUCCUCUGGUUCUUCUUCGUCCUCCACCUCAUCUAGCCUCCAGGAGAAGGUAGGACAGUGGAGCUGUCCAGCAUGCACGCUGCUCAAUGAUAUCAAAGCCAAGAACUGCGCAGCAUGCCACACACCCCAGCAGUACCUCACCCUUCGCAAGGUGGUUAAACCUCUGAAGAGAAGGGAGAGCAUGCAUGUAGAGGCGCGACGACGGAAUGAUGAGGGCGAGGCAAAGGAGCUUUGGGAGAACAUAGUCAGCUUCUGCCGGGAGAAUUCAGUGAACUUUGUGGAUGACAGUUUCCCCCCCGGACCUCGAUCUGUCGGCUUCCCAGAGGGCGACAGCGUCCAGCAGCGAAUCAAAAAGUGGCUGCGUCCCCACGAGAUCAACUGCAGCAAUUUCAAAGACCGAGGAGUCAAGUGGUCCGUGUUCCGCACACCAAGGCCCUCGGACAUCCUCCAAGGACUUCUUGGAAACUGCUGGUUCCUGAGUGCACUCGCUGUGCUGGCAGAGCGUCCAGAGCUCGUGGAGAGGGUGAUGAUCACCAGGACCAUUUGUCCAGAGGGGGCUUACCAGGUUCGGCUAUGUAAAGACGGGACCUGGACGACGGUGCUGGUGGACGACAUGUUGCCCUGCGACGAUUACGGCUACCUUCUGUUUUCCCAGGCUCAGAGGAAGCAGUUAUGGGUGGCGCUGAUUGAGAAGGCCCUGGCCAAACUCCACGGUUCCUACUUUGCCCUGCAGGCAGGGCGUGCUAUUGAGGGUCUGGCCACGCUGACAGGGGCUCCGUGUGACUCCCUCAUGCUUCAGGUCAGCUCCACGAACCCGCGAGAGGAACCCAUCGAUACAGACCUCAUCUGGGCCAAGAUGCUUAGCUCCAAAGAGGCUGGGUUUCUUAUGGGAGCGUCUUGCGGAGGAGGCAACAUGAAGGUAGACGAUGCUGUUUAUGAGUCGUUGGGUCUGAGACCUCGACAUGCAUAUUCCAUUUUGGACGUACGAGAUGUCCAGGGUUACAGGUUGCUGCGGCUGCGUAACCCUUGGGGUCGCUUCUCGUGGAAUGGCAGCUGGUCAGACGAGUGGGCAGACUGGCCUCAGCACCUCCGCCAUGAGCUGAUGGCGCACGGCAGUAGUGAAGGGGUCUUCUGGAUGGAGUACACUGACUUUAUAAAGUACUUUGACUCAGUGGACAUUUGUAAGAUCCACUCUGACUGGCAGGAGGUGAGACUACAAGGCUGCUUCCCCAGCAAAGCCAAUGGGCCAGUCACGGUCACAGCUCUCACUGUGCUGGAGAGGACGGCACUGGAGUUUGCUCUUUUCCAAGAGGGAAGCAGGCGCUCCGACACAGCCGACAGCCACCUGCUGGACCUGUGCAUCAUGGUCUUCCGUGCCUCCUUUGGUAGUGGCAACAAGCUGACUCUGGGCCGCCUAAUGGCCCACAGCAAGCGAGCAGUGAAGAAAUUUGUUGGCUGUGAUGUUAUGCUGGAGCCAGGGGAGUAUGCUGUUGUCUGCUGCGCCUUCAAUCACUGGCAGAUGAAUGUCAGCAGCACAGGGGGUCCACCCACACCCAUCUCUAGCCCCACCAGUGGAGCAGUACGGCGGCCCAGCCAGGACUUCCCCGGCUACAUCCUGGCCAUUUACAGCUCUCGUCAGGUGAUGGUGGAGCAGGUGGAAGCGACCGCGACCACAUUGGCCGACGCGAUUAUUCUACUCACAGAAAACAAAGGCGAAAGACACGAGGGCCGUGAGGGCAUGACAUGCUACUACCUGACCCACGGCUGGGCAGGUCUCAUCGUGGUGGUGGAAAACCGCCACCCCAAGUACUACCUCCACGUCUCCUGUGACUGCACUGACAGCUUCAACGUGGUGUCCACACGCGGCAGCCUCAAGACCAUCGACAGCGUCCCGCCUUUACACAGGCAGGUGCUGGUGGUGCUUUCUCAGCUGGAGGGAAAUGCCGGCUUCUCCAUCACCCACCGCCUGGCUCACCGCAAGGCAGCCCAGGCCUCCCUGGGAGACUGGACCCCCACCAAGGCCACACACAGCCCCCAGCUCACCCCGGACAUUGACGGCCUGCACCGACCCCGGCCUCUAUGACCACCGCCCACGGCCUCUAUGACCACCGCCCACUUUAUCCCAGACUCACUUGCUCUAGUCCAAUAAACUGUCAGACCACUGGAAAAAUCAGACAAGGUUAGGCACAGUGUGUGGAUCCCUAAAAUGCAGAGAAAGAUGCGUUUUUUUGCAUCUCUUUGGUGGUGCAUCUGAAUGUGAAGCAUGACGGGAGAGGGAAACGUUUAGUUGCUCUCUUCCUAACGCUCCAUGGAUGCUCGAGAUUUUGUCCGGACUGCACAUGCUCUGUCUGUCCCUUGCCAACUGGAUGUGCCAUUUGAGGAUAAAAUGAGCGACAGGGGAGUACUAAAAAAACCAAACAAACAAAAAACCCCACAAUAUUUCACCCCGGCACCUGAGAGGAUCCAGUUCUGACUACUUAACAUUCUGGACAUUUUGUAUAGCUGGCAGCACCUGCUGUAUGUGAAACAGAUGUCAGGCCUCAGUUUGGUAUGCUUGGAGAUGACCCUGCUUUCAAUGAGCUUCAAAAAAAAAAAAAAAGCCGGGGUGAGGUGCUGAAACUACUGAGCCAUUGACCGGCCCACGGACCAUGAGCCAACCACCAGAUCAGACACUUCCCCCUCCCCCCGUGUCGUCCACCAAGACUGCUAACAAAGUGGGCAGACUUCUGGGGGGGGUUUAUCGCCCCUAUCCUCAGUGCGGUACUUUAUGAGCCAAACCCCAGUGAUUUUACCCAUGAAACAUACAUGUCCUGUAUUUUUACAUUUUUGGAAAACAUCUCGGUGUGAGUUUAACUUGUUUUAUACACAACCCUCAUUGCCUCUUGUCCAUAUUUGUGUUAGGGUUUUUUUGAGGUUGUAGACAAAGCCAUCAUUCAUAAGGUACUGUUCCCUCUCCGUGGCACAAUCUCUAGCUCAGGACCAAACCUGUGAUUUGUACAGUAAGCUGGAUUGGCAGGUGGAUGGUGCCCAAGAAGCUGCAAUAGCAUCUUUUCACUGUUGUCUCCACUGUUUGUGAUGUUAGUGGGGUCAUGUUUGUAGAGACUGUAAGGUUUUUAUCUUGUGAAAUACUGAGCCGUGAUGGAAUCACCUGGCCUCAGUUUAGGGUCUCAUCGCUGGAGGGCUUCUCGUCCACUUCAGAAGACAGUUUAUAUCUUUCCCCAUGAAUUAAAAUUUAUGUGUAUGGCACCUCCUCCCAGUCAUCGCCCUCCUGCAUAUUACAUGAGUCUUACACUUGAGGUUUAUAACACCCAGCAAAUUGCAUCUGAUCUUGUUUGGUACAGAAGGUGAGUUUAGUGUCUAUUUCCCACGCUUGCACAGUUUGCCAGCAUGUCAGUUUGUACUAUAACGUGCUUAGGGAGUACUGGAAUCGCUAUUGGCUGUUUGAACAGCCAGUUUGCCAUGGGGGAGCUCUUAAGAGGAGCUGCCGAGUUUACUUUGGGAGGGCAGGGACCACUUUUGUUUGCUUGGGUGCAGCGCGAGCGUCUGGGCAAUCCUCCCACAAGAAUACACUGACAGCUUGUUAGCAACAACACAGAGUCCUCGUGAAAUAAAAUGAUUAUUUUGUCAGACUCGGUGCACACACAGCGAGACAGGAAAGAGACCCCCGAGAUGGGUUGUGACACAGAAAAUAGUUCUCUCUGAGUGUGCUCGUUCAAGGGAUAGCUGUUUUACGUAGGUCCUUAUAUAUAGGGUCACGGUUUUUUGUUUUUUUUCCCCAGUGUCAAAGCCAUUACUCCUCAUACAUCAUGCCCUCACCAUGGCAACAGAUGUCUCAUCAGACAGAGGGGAACAAUUAACAUGGUACUAUAGAGACAGGAUUGAGUGGGAGACUUUUUAUUUUAAAAACGAUGUCUUACUGUUAAUUUUGUGGUGAAAUGGAGAAAAACUUGAAACCUAAUAAGCAAAAAUCCAGCAGCAUUCAUACAGUUAAUGAUUAAAAGGGAGAAAAUUUGAUUUAUUUAUUUUUUUGUUGUUGUUUUUUGUAUCUAAAUCAUUUUAAAUGUAAAGAAAUUACAAUUUUAUCAUAUCAUUCAUAUCAUCUCAUUUUUCUCCUUUUACUUUUAAAAUCAUUGAUGCUAAAUGGCUGCGCUGUGUCCCGAUGCUUGCAGUGCAACGUUUGUUUUUAACGAAACCCAGAGCUCAAGUAACUGUAAAUAUGCUUUCCAAAGAAACAUCAAUGUGUAAUGACCACUUUCAGAUGUGCGUCCCCAUCUGGCCCUGUGUGCAUGUGUGAGAAUGUGCGGUCGCAGCCACGUAGCUGCUUCAGUCCCUGUGUCUUAAUUUAUUCAUACAAGUGAUUUGCAGCCCUGUUUUUCUGAAGCUGAUGAAUGACAGAUAAAGGAAUGUAACGAGGCUUUUACAGCUUCACUCUGAGCCCAGAUGGAUUGACGUGAACCUGCACUGAAACGACUGCGAAGGCACCUCAAAAUCAAGCGUCUCUGCUGGAUCACUUUUACUUUUUACAGGAGUUUUAAGUUUUGUUUGCUGGUCUUCUGUUAGGUCCUGUCCGUAGCUCUUCUGUGCUUUAGGAGCGCCCCCUGCUGCUGAAUAGAAAACAACCAGAGAAGAGGUGGUCACUGACAGACCCAUCCAACCCCCCCUUUUUUUCCUUUCCUCCUUUUUCUUUUUUUGACCCUCAUUGUAAAUUGUACAAUUUAGACAGAAAACUGAAAACUUAAGUCAGACUAAAGAUUUAAAAGCAAAAAAUGACCGUUUGAAAAAAGAAAUUAAAAUAUGAUAGUAGAUACAAAAAAGUAACCUAAUGCUGAAAAUAAUGAACUCUAAAGAAUGUGAUAUAUAUAUAUAAAUAAAUAUAUAUAUAUAUAUAUAGACAUAUAAAUAUAUUUUAUUGAUCCUCUUUUUUUGGGAGCGGGGACGUGGUAUAUGUGUACAAAAAUAUGUAUGUUUAAUUUUCAAUCUCAGGUUCCAAUGGACCAAAUAAAAAAUUUUUUAAAAAUGAAAA